CAGCCUGGUAGAAGCUCGACAUCAUUCAACUUCAUUGCCAGCCCUGUCACCUCCCCGCCUCCUUCGCCCAAUCCGACGCACAAAUCAUCAACAAUCCCAAUCGAUUGCACCAGUCACUUCAUACACCUCUGUACAUUGCAUUUGGACACGACACUAUGGCGGAACGAAUGCUGAAGCCCGAGAAGGACUUCUCGAAGGAGGCAGACAAACAGAUCCCAGAGGCUGAGAAGCUUGCAUCGACCGAUAUCCAGGCUGCCAUCGAGCAUCUCGCCGUCCUUGAAAAGAAGGCCCGCCAGGCGUCAGAUCUCGCAACCACAUCCCGCCUACUAAUCGCCAUCGUUACACUCUGCAAAGAUGCCGGAAACUGGUCUUUGAUGAACGAGCAGGUGCUCCUGCUCUCGAAGAAGCAUGGCCAGCUCAAGCAAGCCAUCACCAAAAUGGUGCAGGUGGUCAUGGGGUUCUUCGACAGCACGCCGAACCUGGAGACCAAGCUCUCCGCGAUCGAGACGCUACGGACGGUCACCGAGGGCAAGAUCUUCGUCGAAGUCGAGCGGGCGCGCGUGACCAAGGUGCUCUCCGACAUCAAGAAGGACCAGGGCGACCUCAAGGCCGCCGCCGACAUACUGUGCGAGCUGCAGGUCGAGACGUUCGGGUCCAUGGACCGGAGAGAGAAGACCGAGUUCAUCCUGGCGCAGGUGGCGCUGUGCAUCGAGGUCGGCGACUGGAACCAGGCCGGCAUCCUGAGCCGCAAGAUCAGCACCCGCUACCUGGCGAGGAAACCCAAGAAGACGCCCGAGGACCUGGAGAAGGAGCGGAAGGAGCGCGAGAAGAAGAAGGCCCGCGGCGAGGAGGUCCCGGAGGAGAAGGAGGACGACACAACAGACUUGAAGCUGCGUUAUUACGAACAGCAGGUCACCCUCGCCAAACAUGACGACAAGUACCUUGACGCCUGCAAACACUACCGGCAGGUUCUGGAUACCGAGGCGGUGGAGGAGGACCCUCGCCAGUUGCACGCUACCCUCCAACGUAUCAUCUACUUCGUCAUUCUUGCCCCCCACGAUAACGAGCAACAUGACCUUCUGCACCGGAUCCAGCGUGACAGCCGCAUUAGCGAGGUACCCGUGGAGGCGGAGCUGCUGAAGCUCUUCACGAUCCACGAGCUGAUGCGAUGGCCCGAAGUGGCCAAGAAGUUCGGCCCGCACCUGUGCCAGACGGACGUGUUCGACGCCGAGCCGGGCCAGUCGGCGGACGAGAAGGCGCACCAGCGGUGGAAGGACCUGCGCAAGCGGGUGAUCGAGCACAACGUACGGGUGGUGGCCAAGUACUACACGCGCAUCCAGAUGGGCCGGCUGACCCAGCUCCUGGACCUCGCGGAGGACGAGACGGAGAAGUACAUCAGCGACCUGGUCACGUCCAAGACGGUGUACGCCAAGAUCGACAGGCCAGCGCGGAUCGUGAGCUUCGCCAAGCCGAGGGAUGCCGACGACGUGCUCAACGAGUGGAGCGGCAACAUGAAGAGUCUCCUGGGCCUGCUGGAGCGCAUCGACCAUCUGAUCACCAAAGAGGAGAUGAUGGCGCGGAUCCAACCGACCUCCAAGUCGGGCAAGGGCAAGGCUGUGAAGGGCUGAGAGGAAAACACGCAAGGAGAGUGGUGAUUGGAGCGAGGAGUGCAUGCUUUUUUUCUUGGGGCCAGGGCAAGGGUGAUUCGGACUUUUUUUUCUGUUUCUGGACAGGUCCGGUGUAGAACAUAGAAAAUACCAUGGCCCUUAAGAGGAGAUGACGGGGCGAUGUAACAUUUAUGAAAGCCCAGAUUUCCCAUCCCGUCUAGUGUCUGUCUAUAUGUCUUGUUUAUGUGGCUUAGGCGUCUAUCAUCACACAGCUCAUUCAUUCCCAUUCAGUGCCGGCGCCCCUUAUUCAUCGCCAACGAAUCUUUCCCAUCCUUGCAAACCAAUCCGUUACCAUCAUCGCUGAAAAUACGCGUCCCCCC